AUGUCUGCCACCAUCACCCACAGUGGAGAAAAUUCGGAGAAGGACCCCGAACCCCAGACCACGUCGGUUCCCGAUGUCCGACUUUUGGGUGAAGGCAGCCCCGGCGUUCGGAGGAUCGAAAUCAUCACGUCUCACUUCGGUCUGGUUGAUCGCAUUUUCCUAUUUGCUAGUGUAUUCUUGGUUGCUUAUGUUUACGGUCUCGAUGGAACCGUUCGCUACACUUACCAGCCUUAUGCCACUCAAAGCUAUGGCCAACACAGUUUACUCGCGACCGUCAAUGUUUUGCGCGCCGUGAUUGCCGCUGCCGCUCAGCCUACGGCAGCCAAAAUUGCGGACGUCUUCGGGAGAAUUGAAUUGAUCAUCGUCUCAAUCCUUUUCUACACCGUCGGUACCAUUGUUGAGACAUUUGCGAAAAUCGUGGAAACCUUUUGCGCAGGUGCAGUCAUCUAUCAGAUCGGAUACACUUGUAUCAUGCUCCUUGCCGAAGUACUCAUAGCCGAUGUGACUUCGACUCGAUCCCGCCUGCUCUUUUCCUUCAUCCCGGCCAUUCCAUUCAUUAUUAACACAUGGAUAAGCGGAAAUUUGACAGCUGCUGUGCUCAAAGUCACCUCGUGGCAAUGGGGCAUCGGCAUGUUCGCGAUCAUUUACCCCAUCUGCACUCUGCCCUUGAUCACAGUUCUGCUCGUUGUUCAGCGUCGUGCGAGGAAGUCUGGUCAAUUGAAGCCAUACAAGAGCUCUUUCGAGCUCCUGGGAGGUCGUCGUCUCCUAAUGGAACUGUUUUGGCAUCUUGACGUCGUCGGUCUCAUUUUAAUGAUUGCCAUGCUUGCAUGUAUUCUCGUUCCCUUUACCAUUGCUGGGGGUGUCACAGCACAGUGGAAAACUGCCAAGGUCAUCACACCGCUUGUGAUCGGUGUUUUGUUGAUCCCGGUCUGGGUCUUCUGGGAGAGGACGUGCCAGUACCCUAUGCUCCCUUUUAAGCAUCUUACAGAUCGUGCUGUCUGGGGCUCUCUUGGAAUCGCAGUGAUGUUGAACACUGCUUGGUACCUCCAGGGUGAUUUCCUGUACACGGUCCUCUACUUUAGCUUUGACGAGUCGAUUCUGAGCGCUACCCGAAUUUCCUCACUCUACAGCUUCACAUCAGUCAUCGCUGGCGUGAUUCUGGGAUUCAUCGUAAUGAAGGUUCGCCAACUGAAGCCUUUCAUCGUUUCUGGCACAGUUCUUUUUAUGGUAGCCUUUGGCAUUCUGAUUUAUUACCGUGGUGGUGCUGGGAGUUCCAGCCACUCCGGAGUGAUUGGCGGCCAAAUUCUUUUGGGCAUUGCUGGUGGUAUGUUUUCGUACCCUGCUCAGGCUAGUAUCCAGGCCGUAUCAAAGCACGAGCACCUCGCCGUUGUAACCGGAAUCUAUCUCGCUUCAUACAAUAUAGGAAGUGCGCUCGGCAACUCUAUCUCUGGUGCCAUAUGGAACCAGGUCCUCCCAUCCGAGUUGAAGCACAAACUUGGAAACUCAACCCUCGCCGCGCAAGUCUACGCGCAACCCCUUGUAUUCGCGGCGGCCAAUCCAGUGGGCACUCCUGAUCGCGACAAUGCCAUUCUCGCAUACCAGCAUACCCAGCGGCUACUUUGCAUCACUGGUAUCUGUCUGACGAUUCCGCUUAUUGCGUUCGCCCUCUGCACUCGCAAUCCUAAGCUUACAAAGGAACAGACCUUGGCCAAAGCUGAAAAGUACUCUCAUACUGAUAAAAGCUCUAUUGAUGUCUGA